UCUGUGUGUGUGGGGCUGGCCUGGAGUCCCUACCUCAACCUGCCAGACAACUCCCGCUCCCUCCUCUGCCUGUCCUGUCUUCUCCUGAAACCUUGAUCUCCAUCUCUCUGCCGGCCCAGACAAUGCCUCCCAACCUCACGGGCUACUACCGCUUUGUCUCGCAGAAGAACAUUGAGGACUACCUGCAAGCCCUGGACAUCAACGUGGCUCUGCGGAAGAUAGCCCUGCUGCUGAAGCCAGACAAGGAGAUCACCCAUCAGGGUGACCACAUGAUAGUGAAGACUCUCAGCACCUUCCGCAACUACGUUCUGGAAUUCGAGGUGGGAGUUGAGUUUGAGGAGGACCUGAGGAUCGUGGACGGACGGAAAUGCCAGGUCACCGCAGACAACUCUGGGCCCCUCAGUGGACGUUUGGAGUGGGGAGUGGAGUCCUGCGGGAUCAGAGCAGCUCUCUCACUCAGAACGCAGGGCCGGAGCAGACAGUAUCUGCUGUGGAGCGUGAGGGGGAGCCCAGCCAGAACCAUAGUAACCUGGGAAGAGGAGCAGCUGGUGUGUGUGCAGAAAGGGGAGGUCCCCAACCGGGGCUGGAGACACUGGCUGGAGGACGAGAAGUUGUAUCUGGAACUGACGGCCAGGGAUGCAGUGUGCGAGCAGGUCUUCCGGAAGGUCAGAUAGCCGGACAGGAGCUGAGGCCCCCCGCCAACAGCACCAGACUCCAGACUCUUGCUUGUGCCAGGUCCCCAGUCCCACUCACCCUCCCUCUGGGUCCCUCCUCACCCCUCCCCAUGAUCUGUAAUUUGCAGUCCCCAGGCCAAAGUCCUCUCUUUCUCAUACUCCACUGCUCAUACUGACCUCACCUCCAGGAUGAAAAGAGCAGGCAAAGGGAAAGGGCCCAUAAGGAUGGCCAGUCUCUGCUCACCCCAUUCAUCCGGCCUCUCAUUUUCCUUCUAAGAAAGAACUAAGCUUUGGGCAUUUGGGGGUUAGUGGAAAUUCUAUCCUGGUAGACCUUUUGGAAGACCGUGACUGGGGUUCAAAAGUUUAAACAGGAGCUAUUGGCAGAGUC